UUCGAAAUUAUUUUCAAAUGAUUGGUUAUGAUUACAUUGACAAUUUGACAGUUGUUCUAUACAUUCGACCGAAGCCUACACUUCACGUGCAUCGUUUUGUUUUUGCCUAAAAUCACCGAAUAUUGUGACAAUUUUUUUUAUAUAAUCUGCCAAAAUGACGUCCGAUUCUUCUGAUGAUGAAUUUGAAAGUAUUUCCAAUGCAAACCACAAUAAAAUUUCACAAAAAAUGGAAAAAAUGGGAUACAAAGACGGAGUGCAUGAUGGAAGAGAGUCUCAAUUUCAAAAAGGAUUUGAUGAUGGCUAUGAGCAAGGAUUCAAAAAUGGAUUCUUAUUGGGAAAAUACAACGGACAGCUAACGAUUGAACCAACAAAAAAUGAUUCCAAAUCAGAUGGAAAAGCUCGAAAUGAUCUAAUAUUACAACGACCUUCUAGAGGCCAAUGUAUAUUAUGCACAAAUCCUUCGUUAAAAGAUGACAGUAUAAAGGAUAUCGUCAACAAACAAAAUGAGCAUAUGAAAAGAAUAGAAUCAACUCUAGAGUCAAGAUAUCCUUCAAAUUAGUUUCCAUAAAUAAACAAAGCGAUAAAAAAAAUGUGAUUCAAUCUAGAGAAUUUUGAAAAGAAAAGAAAACUGAAUAAAAAGCAAA